GGGCAGAUCCGGGCAAAUUUGGGGGUCACCCCAUGUUUUGGCGCAGCGAUCGUGAAUUGUUGUAUAGUAUUUUUGUACAAUAUGCCUAGUACGCGUAACAAUUUUUUAAAGUUUCUUUUGUUCGAAAAAGUCUAUAAUUACAUGUAAACGUGCGUGUUCUCACUUUCUGGGCUAAUUUCAUGCAAAAUGGCUUCCAUAUAUUAUGUUACAAUUCUGAAGUGUUCGACAACCAAUCAGAACGCAGAUUAAAAUUGUCCGAACAAUAUAAUCAUACGGAGUAACAAUUUAUUGCUGUAAACAUUGCGCUUUGUCAAGGAUUUUGAUCGAAAGCGUUUCUGUUUUACAUCGUUGGAGGCCAUGGAUUAAAAGCUUAGCUCCUGUAGGUAUUCAGCUCUAUUCAUGCAGGAUAAAACAAAGAUAUUGCCGUUGGAACUAUGGCGUGUGAUUCUCUCGCAUCUCAGUAUUGUGGAUCUAUGUCAUUGUUGUCAGGUCUCGAAAAUUUGGGCAGAAUUGGUUCGGAGUUUAGAUAAUACGCGUUGGAAAGAGUUGUACUUGUUCAGGAACCCUUGGCGGUAUCCAUACUGGCCGAACAAUCCGAAAGAAGACCCAGAAUCGUGGCAGAAAGCGUACAAAGAACGCUUUUUAGCUUCGAAAGAGUGGCUCAAGUCUGGCGCAGACGAGAAAUGUGGUUCUGGAAUAUGGCAUUUCUUGAAGAAGCGUAGCCAAAAGAACUUGUACGUUGGAUCAAAUCGCGGAUUUACCCGUUUAAAAGACGCGAUCGCCGCUUCUUCUGCGUACGACACUAUUUACAUCGACGGCGAAGGAAGAGAAGAGCAAUCACCUUUAAUCAUAAAACAUCCAUUAGAAAUUGUUGGCAGAGGAAACGAGGGAAAGAUUAGACUAAAUGCUAUCGAGAUACAAUGUCCUACAGUGCGAAUUUCAAACGUAUGUCUUCGUCCGAGUUCCCACAGGCCCCAAAACCCAUUACCUACUGUUUUAAAGAUAACUAGUGGCAACUUGUUUCUGGAUAACUCAACCAUUGAACAUGGUCAUGUUCAGGUGACUUCCCCUGGGGGAGUUUUCAUCACUUACUGUUUGUUCAACAAUGCCUCCGUUCAGCUAAGAACAGCAAGCAUGUGCAAGAUUGAACACUGUGAAUUCCAGCAUGGCGAGCAUUCAGCUAUUUUAAUAGAAGGUACGCAGUCUCUUGGAAAGUACAUGCCCCUAGGACUUCAUCUUGCAGACUGGACUGCAAAACAUAGUUCAAUGAAAUUUAACACAAUAGCAGAACUAUACAGUCGCAUUGUGCAGGAAAACUUGCAAAACACUUUCAAAGCUCCUGAUGAGGAAAUGACUGAUUGCCAUUUACUUGUGAAAGACCUAAAAGGGAAAUUGAGUCUUUCAGGCAGCGAGAAUGUUGUCGUACCAGCUGAAAUGAGCGUGCCACUUUCCCAACGAACCAGUUUACCAUUGAGAGUAGGGGCAGAAACGACACUACGGAAUUCAACAGGGUGUGUGAUACGCGAAUGUUACUUUCACUCGAAGCGAGGGGCCGUCCACAUACGACGGCAGGGGUCUGCAUGGGUUGAGGGUUGUGAAAUCACCAACGUUGCUUAUGGUAUCCGCUGUAUGGGCAGUUCCAAAGUUGUGUUGCUAGCGAACACCAUUCAUGAUUGUAACACAUCUGGGGUCUUUUUUCGAGACCGUGCAGGAGGGUUGGUUGCAGGCAAUGUAAUUUUUCAAAAUGGGGAAGCCGGCGUGGACAUCCGCAAUGCAUCCGACCCAUUUUUGCAACACAAUCAGAUUUUCAAUGGUCGGAGAUCAGGUGUGGUAGUCCUAGACGGUGGUCGAGGAAUGUUGAUGGAUAAUGAUAUAUAUGACAACAGAGAAGCUGGUGUCUACAUCUUGUAUAGAGGGAAUCCAAUUGUCAGGUGCAACCGUAUCUGGGCAGGUCAAGCAGCUGGUGUUGCUGUGACAGAAGAUGGUUUUGGUCAUGUUUACUUCAAUGAUAUAUGUGGAAUGGAAUGGGGUGGUAUUGACAUACGAAAUGGUGGUCACCCUGUUAUCAUGAACAACACCAUACACAAGGGUCAUGGUGAUGGCGUGGUCAUAGGCAAGCGAGGAUGUGGACUCAUUUUUGAAAACGUCAUCAGAAGAAACCGAGGUUGUGGCGUCUGGGUGUUAUCAACCUCACGUCCGGUGAUAUUUGGUAACGACAUCAGUGAAUGUUGUGAUCACGGCGUUGCCUUCGUUAGCACCGCUGAUGACAGGAGGGAGAACCAAAAACUCAGCGCACAGUUUUUACAACAAGAUCAAGAACAGGAGCAAGCGCAACCAGUUCAUAUCUACGACGAGGAACCUUCAUCCGGGUCCUUCUUUGAAGAAACGGAUUCUCUGUCCAUUGAAUUCCUGACUCCACAACUGGAAAAAAACAGCGCAAUUGUCGACAACAACAAAAUCAGCUACAACCAUGGCUGCGGUCUAUCUUUCGCUGGCUCAGAAGACGUCAUCAUUCGGGGUAACACGUUCAGUGGUAACCACGGCAACGGAAUCGCCAUCGAGCAACCAGUCGACGCCGUCAUUCAUAGCAACCGCGUGCUUGACAACGGUGGAACAGGCAUAAUCCUAGACGUAAGUACCUUAACCUGCUUGCGUGAUAACUGCAUACGUGGUAACCUAGGCGAUGGGAUUGUCGCGCAGGGCCGAGGACGCAUUCGUGAAAAUGACGUCAUCGGGAAUUCGGGGUCCGGUCUCGUGAUACUCGGCCCCGGGGAUCCGUUCGUUGCGAAGAACCGGAUACUCUCUGGGGAAUCGACGGCAGUCGAAGUUCGUGCUGACGCAAGAGGUUGCGUUAGCGAGAACGAGGUUUAUAGUAAAAAUCGAAAAAACAUCGUUCAGGAUUUGAGCAGCACGACCAUUGUUGAGAACAACGAGGUUUUGACGAACCUAGAGGGAGAAGUCGAUGGAACUGAGGUGGCUGCAAGACCUUUACAAACAGGUAACGCAAUUCCCCGUGGAGAUAUUGCUCAUAUCGUUAGGAAACUGACAAUGCCACAAGCACAGAAGAUGUACUCCAGACGAACAAUGAGUAGGUUUUGUGUAAUAAUCUGACCCUCCCCCCUGGAAUAUCUUAUCGCAAGUACAUUUGAAGAGUGGUGGGUUAGGACAAAAUGCUAGAGAAGGGGGGGAUGUACAUUGGAAGAGUGGGGUGGGUUAAGACUCGACUCUAGACAGGGGAGCGAAUGUGCUCUUGAAUUUACUCUCUGUGAGAGGUUAUGAGAAACGACACAACCUUUGUGACUCCCCAGUUUCUAGUUUAGAAUUCAUUGUUAGUAUUCGCUACACACACAUGAAGUACUGGGUUUAAAAAAGCCGUCUAAAUUAAAUUCAAAUCAAUUACAGAAGAUAAACUAUGUUGUCAUUAAUAUAUUAAAAGAACGUUUAAAGAUUUGAUGGUGCAGAUGAUGACAUCAAGUCGACCGCUGGUUGUGCCAGUCACAUUUUUGUAAAUAUUUUAACGCGUGUGCAUUCCUGUUGAGUGCAGCAGAACUGUAGUGUUCAUCAUUAAAUUAUUCGACCAAGAGAUAGCAUUUUGUUGCA